AUUUGAAAUUAUUCUAUGCAUUUUGCUAUUCUACGCAUUGUGGAACCAGCAGAGAUGGUUUCCGACUUUGCGUGGCUUUACUUGGAGGAAGAGAAAUGGAGGACAAGAAAAGAAAGUAAAAUCGGCUUCAUUUUCCCAACACGGCGGUCUGAUUUGGCCAUAUUUUGGCUGACAAAAGUGACAAUUGAUAACAUGUCUGUGAGACCGAUCACUUUCGUCACCGGAAAUAUAAAGAAAUUAGAAGAAGUAACAGCCAUUCUAGGAUCCAACUCUUUAAUUAAUGUGGUAAGACAAAACAUAGAUUUGCCAGAAUACCAAGGGGAGAACCCAGAAUAUAUUGUGAAAGAAAAAUGUCUUGCUGCCUUAAAAUUGAUUAAUGGGCCAACUCUUGUGGAAGAUACAUGUCUUUGCUUCAAUGCCCUUCAAGGGUUGCCAGGACCAUAUGUCAAAUGGUUCCUUGCUAAAAUUGGACCUGCUGGUCUAACAGACCUUUUGUCCAGAUGGGAAGAUAAAUCUGCAUAUGCAUUGUGCUUAUUUGCUUACUCUGAAGGAGUUGGGGAGGAAAUCCAUAUUUUCAGUGGGCGUACAGAAGGUGUAAUAGUAACUCCAAGGGGCCCACAGGAUUUUGGUUGGGAUGCUUGUUUCCUGCCAACUGGAUUUGCUUUAACUUACGCUGAAAUGGAGAAAACAAUUAAAAACUCCAUAUCGCAUCGGCGUCGAGCACUUGAAGCUAUGAAACUUUAUUUUAGCAAUAAGUCUUCAUGAAAUAGGAAGAUAUGUUCAAUAAAUUUGUGUUUUCCUUCCAGAA